CCAAAUCUUUCACCUUGAUGUCGUUGGACUUCAGACACGCGCUGACAGUAUGCGCAUGCCUCACUAAAGGUUAUAGUAAAAGUGGUGUGCAACCGAUCGAUGCGAGCCAAAGUGAUUUCAGUUCUUCGAAGCGCACCGUUAGACUAAAUAAGGAGACCGUUUGUAACUUUCUGGCUUGUGGAGAAAGUUUUACGCAUUUGAAUCGAUUCCACGCACUUCUUGCACUUUCAGUUAUCCAAAAUAUAUCGUAUUUAAGAGUCUCUGAGAUGCGUCUGUCCAGAUCUUUAUCAAUAACAUCACUAACUGGACUUCCACUUUGGGAAGAAGAGAGUCUACCUGUGGAAGAUCUCUUACUCUUUGAGAUUUCAUGGGAAGUAACUAAUAAGGUUGGCGGUAUAUACACUGUUAUCCAAACUAAAGCUAAGAUUACGGUGGACGAAUGGGGCGAGAACUACUUCAUGAUGGGUCCCUACUACGAACACAACUUCAAGACACAGGUGGAGCCAUGUGAACCUCCAAACCAAGCCAUUAAGGCGGCCAUGGACUCUUUGAUAAACAAUGGCUGCCAGGUGCACUUUGGCCGUUGGCUAAUUGAAGGUAGUCCAUAUGUUAUCCUGUUUGAUAUUGGGGCAGCUGCCUGGAACCUGGACCGGUGGAAGGGAGAUCUGUGGGACGCAUCUAAAAUCGGGCUCCCAUAUCAUGACCGAGAGGCCAAUGACUCCCUCAUCUUUGGUUCUCUUGUUGCCUGGUUCUUUAAGGAGUUAACAGACCAACUUCAGGACAAGCCCAACGUAAUCGCUCAUUUCCACGAGUGGCAAGCCGGGACAGGACUUGUACUGAGCCGCUUUCGCAAAAUUCCCUUAGCAACUAUUUUUACAACACAUGCCACCCUGCUGGGGCGCUACUUGUGCGCGGGUAAUGCAGACUUCUACAAUAACCUGGAGAAGUUCAACAUAGACCAAGAGGCAGGAGAGAGACAGAUCUACCAUCGCUACUGUUUGGAGAGAGCCGCCGUACACUGUUCACAUGUCUUUACCACUGUGUCCCAGAUCACAGCCGUGGAAGCAAACCACAUGCUACAUAGACAACCAGAUGUCGUCACCCCGAAUGGUCUGAAUGUAAAGAAGUUCUCAGCCAUGCAUGAGUUUCAAAACCUGCACUCCACAAACAAAGCCAAGAUCCAGGAGUUUGUAAGAGGCCACUUCUAUGGCCAUCUGGACUUCAAUCUGGAGAAGACCCUCUUCUUCUUCAUUGCAGGGCGAUAUGAGUUUACUAAUAAGGGAGCGGACCUGUUUCUUGAAUCUUUGUCCAGAUUAAACUAUUUGCUAAGGGUUCACAAGAAUGAUGUCACGGUGGUUGUGUUUUUCAUCAUGCCUGCCAAGACCAACAAUUUCAACGUGGAGUCUUUAAAGGGACAGGCUGUACGCAAGCAGCUGUGGGACACGGCCCAUUCAGUAAAGGAGAAGUUUGGCAAAAGGCUUUACGAGAGCCUGUUAAGGGGUGAGAUUCCAGACAUGAACAAAAUUCUGGACAGAGAUGACUUCACAAUUAUGAAGAGGGCUAUUUAUGCAACACAGAGACACUCUCUUCCACCGGUAACAACGCACAACAUCGUGGACGACUCAACGGACCCGAUCCUGAGUAACAUCCGACGAAUCGGCCUCUUCAACGCACGUAAUGACAGAGUGAAGAUUGUUUUCCAUCCAGAGUUUCUGUCCUCCACCAGUCCCCUGCUGCCCAUGGACUAUGAGGAGUUUGUGCGUGGUUGCCAUCUUGGAGUUUUUCCUUCCUAUUAUGAACCAUGGGGCUAUACACCAGGUGAAUGUACUGUUAUGGGAAUUCCCAGCGUCACAACCAAUCUGUCUGGAUUCGGCUGCUUCAUGGAAGAACACGUCUCUGAGCCAACCGAAUACGGGAUCUACAUCGUGGAUCGGCGGUUUCGGUCUGCGGAUGAGUCGUGUAACCAGCUGACUCAGUUCAUGUUUUCCUUUUGCCAGCAGUCACGACGACAGAGGAUAAUCCAGCGCAACCGCACAGAGAGACUUUCUGACUUGUUAGACUGGAGAUAUCUUGGACGAUUUUACAUGCACGCCAGGCAUCUCGCCCUCAGCAGAUCCUUCCCUGCUAAAUUUAAAAUGGACCAAGUCAGCCUCCCUCCGACACAAGGUUUCCGCUACCGCCGACCCUCCUCAGUACCACCUUCCCCAUCGGCCUCACUUCACUCCACCCCUCACCACAGCGACGAGGAAGAUGAUGAGCCAUAUGACGAAGAUGAAGAGGCAGAGAAAGACAGACAAAACAUCAAAGCACCUUUCACGCUGGGUGAGGUGCCGGAGGGUAAGAAGAAACAACCGGGGCAAAAUGGGAAUUAAGAUCUACACCUUUUUGCUCAACUCAUCUCCACAGUUCAACAGAUGUAUAACGCUACUUGUUAUUCUAGGACUUAAGUUACUCUAGAGCUUAAACUGAUGAAACCUGAACCUUAAAAAAUUAUGUUAAGCAUAUAGAGUUAAAACGUCUCAGACCACAUUGAAGAUUUGGGACCCCAUUUAUAAGCGAAAAAUGAUUUUAAAAAGUUGAUGGAUGAAUACAAGCAAUAUUGAAUAAUUAUCAAAACACAACCUAAAACAAGGCAAAAACUGUUGACUUUGCUUACAUCUCUCGCAAGUUGCUGUGUCAAAAAUGACGUAACCAAAUUCAAGUUUAUUUUGCCUAGAAGUGGGUUACUUAUAGUCGGACUAUAUAAGGUCUAUAGUUAACCUAGAUGGUGAAAUGACGGCUAUUGCUUGCUGGGUAAAUGCAAGCAUAUUUAUUUUGCUAGAAUUUGUAAUGAGAAUCAUUGUGUAAUGAGAAUCACUGUGUAAACUGGCAAAACAGGACAUUUUCACUAAUGGUCUUGGACCUUAGUACUUCAAUCUCAUAUAUUGGUUUAUAAACAUAAUUUUUCACGAUGAGUUUAAUAAUUUAAUAACAAUGCAGAAUGUUCAAACUUGAGCAGUUUAUCAGUGCAAAUUGUUUAUUUAUGGCACAUUCUCAAAGUGUAUUUUACAUGGCAUUAAUUCAAAUGGUGAAUCAACAUGAGAAAUGACAAUGAGCAAAAGUGUCUGUACAAUUAUAUAUUACAGAUUUCAAUCAUCAUAAAUAAUUUAUUUUCCAGGAUGACAUGUCUAGAAAAAUAAAGCAAAUAGAAAUGGAAAACAUCUUA